AUGUUGCGUGCUGUUGUUAGACUGUCCAAAACGGGUGCAAAAGCUCAGCGCCGUUUCCUCAAUCUUCAGGAAUUCCAAAGUAAAGAGAUUCUAGAGAAGCACGGAUGCAGUGUCCAAAAGUUUGUUGUCGCGGCCAACAGAAAAGAAGCAGAAGAAAAAUGGAUGUCGUUUGGUAAUCAUGAAUACGUUGUCAAGGCUCAAAUUCUGGCAGGUGGUCGAGGUAAAGGAAAAUUCAUUGAUGGCACCAAAGGGAUCGGAGGUGUUUAUAUUACAAAAGAAAAGAAAGAAGCUCUUGACGCGAUCGACGAGAUGAUCGGGAAGCGUUUGGUGACGAAGCAGACCACCGAAGACGGAGUUCGUGUCGAUAAAGUAAUGAUCGCUGAAGGUGUCGAUAUCAAAAGGGAAACAUAUCUGGCCGUUCUUAUGGAUCGCGAAUCAAAUGGACCAGUAGUAGUUGCCUCUCCGGAUGGUGGGAUGGAUAUUGAAGCUGUUGCUGAGAAGACUCCAGAUAGAAUUUUCAAAACACCAAUCGAUAUUCAAAUGGGAAUGACUGAGGCUCAAUCUCUUAAAAUCGCCAAGGAACUUCAGUUUGAAGGAAAACUUCUAGGCGCUGCGGCCACAGAAAUCAAACGGCUCUACGAUCUGUUUAUCGCCGUCGAUGCAACACAAGUGGAGAUUAAUCCAUUGGUGGAAACUGCCGAUGGUCGUGUCUUCUGUGUUGACGCCAAGAUGAACUUUGAUGAUAGUGCUUCAUACAGACAGAAAGACAUCUUUGCUUAUGAGACAUUCGAAGAGCAUGAUCCACGAGAAGUAGACGCUCAUCAAUUCAAUCUCAACUACAUCGGAAUGGACGGCAACAUUGCUUGUCUCGUUAACGGAGCUGGCCUAGCUAUGGCCACCAUGGACUUGAUCAAAUUGCACGGCGGCGAACCAGCGAACUUUCUCGACGUAGGAGGAGCUGUCACUGAAGACGCCGUAUUCAAUGCAGUGAGGAUAAUCACAUCGGAUCCACGUGUCAAAUGCGUUCUCAUCAAUAUUUUUGGAGGGAUCGUUAAUUGUGCCACAAUUGCGAAUGGAGUUGUCAACGCUGUGAAUAAGAUUGGACUGAAAGUGCCGAUGGUUGUCCGUUUGGAAGGAACAAAUGUGGACGCUGCUAAGCAAAUUAUGAAGAAAUCUGGACUCAAGAUUCUCACAGCUAACAACCUGGAUGAGGCCGCCGCGAAGGCUGUCGAAUCACUUCCCAAAUAA